AUGGAUUUACUAUUACAGUUUCUAAUUGGAUAUGUUAUAGUUGCUGUAUUUAUUAUCUAUGUAUUACUAUUUGGUCAUUCUUCAAAGGGAUGUGUAGGAAAGAUUCAUUAUGGUAUGACUAAAGGCUUAGAGAAUACUUGCAAAAAAGGAGCAAGUUUUAUAUGUCCUUCAUUUAUAAGAAGAUCAUGUGGAAGUUGUACAAACUACUUUUUACAUAGACCAAAUAUAAUAUUACAAACAGUAUACUUAAUAUUAGUAUUAUUUGGAGCAUAUUUAUUCUAUCAAGAUACAUAUCCUUAUUUAUAUGAACCUUAUGUAUCUAAUCUUCAUAGACCUGGAUCGGCAAUUGCAAUUAUAUUUACAUUGUUUACAUUUGUGGUUGCAUCAAUGUCUAAUCCGGGUUACUUGACCAAGAAAAAUGUAAAGAAUGCUAUGCACUAUUCAUACGAUCGAUUGUUGUACAUUCGAAAACACUGCGAAACCUGUGACAUUACUAAACCAUCGCGUUCAAAGCAUUGCAGAGUAUGCGACCGAUGUGUUUCACGUAUGGACCAUCAUUGUCCAUGGAUCAAUAAUUGCGUUGGAGAAAGUAAUCUUAGAUACUUUCUCUUGUUUGUACUCUCUACUUCAUUGCUUUGUAUGUAUGGUUUCUAUCUUUGUCUAGAAGCAAUCUAUGUAAUCAUCGACACCAAAAAUAUCUUUCAAUUGGGUUAUAGAACAAAUGGUAAAUGGGAACCUUUACCAACUUCAUAUGUUAUUAAAUAUUUAUUCUAUGAAUCAAGAUCAGUAUUCCCAUUGGGAGUAUUUUGUUUGGUGAUUUCAUUGUUUUUGUUUUACUUUUUCUGUUAUCAUAUGUGGUUGGUUGUAAAGAACAAGACGACCAAUGAAACAUUUAAAUAUGGUGAUUUGAAAGAACAAAUAUCAAUCAAUAGAGUGGAACAAGAAAAUCAAUCGUUAAAACAUGAAUUGGAUGAAUUGGAAAGUAUUAAUAAUCAAAAUACUAAUAAUCAAAAUAAUAAUAAGAAAAAGAAUGGUAAACAACAACAACAACAACAACAAACAAAUAAUAAUAAUCAAAAGAAAAAGAAUAAUAAUAUUCAAAUUGAUGAUGGUGACGAUUCCAUUCAUCUACCAUUACCACCAACAUUUAAACAAAUCAAGAAUCCAUUUGACCAAGGAAAAUACAAGAAUUUAAUUGAAGUUAUUUUCCCAAAGAAAAUUUAA